AUGGCAGAGAAGUUGCAGCUGCAGGAGCAGCACCCGACUGAAACAGAGCUGUGUGCUGAGGCUGAGGAGCUGCAGGCCCACCUGAUGUCCAAGCAGCAAGAGCUGGAGAUCUGCCAUGACCUGGAGGCCAGGCUGGAGGAGGAGGAAGAGCGCUGCCAGCACCUGCAGGUGGAGAAGAAGAUGAUGCAGCAGAACAUCCAGGAACUUGAGGAGCAGUUGGAGGAGGAGGAGAGUGCCCGGCAGAAGCUGCAGCUGGAGAAGGUGACCACGGAGGCCAAGCUGAAGAAGCUGGAGGAAGACCAGAUCAUCAUGGAGGACCAGAACUGCAAGCUGGCCAAGGAGAAGAAGCUGCUGGAAGACAGAAUAGCUGAGUUCACCACCAACCUCAUGGAAGAGGAGGAGAAGUCGAAGAGCCUUGCCAAGCUCAAGAACAAGCACGAGGCCAUGAUCACCGACCUGGAAGAGCACCUCCGCAGGAAGGAGAAACAGUGGCAGGAGCUGGAGAUGACCCACCGGAAGCUGGAAGGAGACUCCACAGACCUCAGCGACCAGAUUGCAGAGCUCUGGGCCCAGAUUGCAGAGCUCAAGAUGCAGCUGGCCAAGAAAGAGGAGGAGCUCCAGGCCGCCCUGGCCAGAGUGGAAGAAGCCACUCAGAAGAACACGGCCCUGAAGAAGAUUUGGGAGCUGGAAUCUCAAAUUUCCAAACUCCGGGAAGACCUGGAGUCUGAGUGUGCUUCCAGGAAUAAAGCUGAGAAGCAGAAACAGGAAGAGCUGGAAGCACUGAAAACAGAGUUGGAGGACACUCUGGAUUCCACAGCUGCCCAGCAAGAGCUCAGGUCCAAGCGUGAACAGGAAGUGAACAUCCUGAAGAAGACCCUAGAGGAGGAGGCCAAGUCUCAUGAGGCCCAGAUCCAGAAGAUGAGGCAGAAGCACUCGCAGGCCGUAGAGGAGCUGGCAGAGCAGCUGGAGCAGAUGAAGCGGGUAAAAGCCAACCUCGAGAAGGCGAAGCAGACCCUGGAGAAUGAGCGAGGGGAGCUGGCCAACGAGGUGAAAGUCCUGCUGCAGGACAAAGGGGACUCAGAGCACAAGCAGAAGAAGGUGGAGGCCCAGCUGCAGGAGCUGCAGGUCAAGUUCAACGAGGGCGAGCGUGUGCGCACGGAGCUGGCCGACAAGGUCACCAAGCUGCAGGUCAAGCUGGACAACGUGACCGGUCUCCUGAGCCAGUCUGACAGCAAGUCUAGCCAGCUCACCAAGGACUUCUCCACACUCGAGUCCCAGCUGCAGGACACCCAGGAGCUGCUGCAGGAGGAGAACCGGCAGAAGCUGAGCCUGAGCACCAAGCUGAAGCAGAUGGAGGACGAGAAGAACUCCUUCAAGGAGCAGCUGGAGGAGGAGGAGGAGGCCAAGCACAACCUGGAGAAGCAGAUCGCCGCGCUCCACGCCCAGGUGGCCGACAUGAAGAAGAUGAUGGAGGACGGUGUGGGGUGCCUGGAGACGGCAGAGGAGGCAAAGAGGAAGCUCCAGAAGGACCUGGAGGGCCUGAGCCAGCGUCACGAGGAGCAGGUGGCUGCUUACAAAGAGCUGAAGAAGACCAAGAUGCAGAUGCAGCAGGAGCUGGAUGACCUCCUGGUAGACCUGGACCACCAGUGGCAGAGUGUCUCCAACCAGGAGAAGAAGUGGAAGUUUUACCAGGUGCCCUUAGGCCUGACCGCAGUCGGCUGCGACAAGCAGAGCAAGGAGAAGAAGCAACAGCUGGUCAGACCGGCGAGUGCAUCCCCACAGCCCAGAGGUCCUUCCUUUCAGUCCUGUGACCCGGGGGUCAGCGGCUCACUCCUAGAAUGUGGUCAGUGGUCUUCCUUGGCACCCGGGGACCUACAGACCUGGCCUGCACCCACCUGGCUCAUGGGCGCGGGCUCCGUGUGCCAGGGCAGCCUCCUGAGCUGCUUCCUUCCCCAGGUGCGGGAGAUGGAGGCAGAGCUGGAGGAUGAGCGGAAGCAGCGCUCAUUAGCAAUGGCUGCUCAGAAGAAGCUGGAGAUGGACCUGGUCUUGCAGGAGGGGCUGGGUGUGACUCACAGUGACCUCCUGUGCACUCUGAGACAACUUCUGCAGAACGGGUCCAGUGUUGAAGAAGCAGCAGCUCAGAAGAAUUUUUCAAUGAUGAAAAUUCGGGAGCUGGAGUUUCAGAUUUCCAAACUCCGGGAAGACCUGGAGUCUGAGCGUGCUUCCAGGAAUAAAGCUGAGAAGCAGAAAUGGGACCUUGGGGAAGAGCUGGAAGCACUGAAAACAGAGCUGGAGGACACUCUGUAUUCCACAGCUGCCCAGCAAGAGCUCAGGUCCAAGCACGAACAGGAAGUGAACAUCCUGAAGAAGAACCUAGAGGAGGAGGCCAAGACUCAUGAGGCCCAGAUCCAGAAGAUGAGGCAGAAGCACUCGCAGGCUGUAGAGGAGCUGGCAGAGCAGCUGGAGCAGAUGAAGCAGGUGAAAGCCAACCUCGAGAAGGCAAAACAGACCUUGGAGAACGAGCGAGGGGAGCUGGCCAACGAGGUGAAGGUCCUGCUUCAGGGCAAAGGGGACUCAGAGCACAAGCGGAAGAAGGUGGAGGCCCAGCUGCAGGAGCUGCAGGUCAAGUUCAACGAGGGCGAGCGUGUGCGCACGGAGCUGGCCGACAAGGUCACCAAGCUGCAGGUCGAGCUGGACAACGUGACCGGUCUCCUGAGCCAGUCUGACAGCAAGUCUAGCAAGCUCACCAAGGACUUCUCCACACUCGAGUCCCAGCUGCAGGACACCCAGGAGCUGCUGCAGGAGGAGAACCGGCAGAAGCUGAGCCUGAGCACCAAGCUGAAGCAGAUGGAGGACGAGAAGAACUCCUUCAAGGAGCAGCUGGAGGAGGAGGAGGAGGCCAAGCACAACCUGGAGAAGCAGAUCGCCGCGCUCCACGCCCAGCUGGACGACACACGCGUCUCCCGCGAGGAGAUCCUGGCGCAGGCCAAGGAGAACAAGAAGAAGCUCAAGAGCAUGGAGGCCGAGAUGAUUCAGCUGCAGGAGGAACUGGCAGCUGCAGAGCGUGCCAAGCGCCAGGCCCAGCAGGAGCGGGAUGAGCUGGCCGACAAGAUCGCCAACAGCAGCGGCAAGGGGGCUCUCGCACUGGAGGAGAAGCGGCGUCUGGAGGCCCGCAUCGCCCAGCUGGAGGAGGAGCUGGAGGAGGAGCAGGGCAACACGGAGCUGGUCAACGACCGGCUCAAGAAGGCCAACCUCUGGUGCCGUGAUGCCCACGAUCCAAGGCCCAGGAUGAAGCCUAUCCGACAGCAGGGUCAGGCUGGCCUCAGUACUCCUGCCCUGCCCAGCCCUUCCUCCUGGGGCAAAGCUGAGAAGUCUGACAGCUGUCAACUCUGUGACUUAUGA